AACGCAAAAAACCAAAUGCUUAUUAUUAACUCAACCUUCACUUUUAGAGCUAUACUGCGUAUUAAGAGCGACGCGAGAGACGCCCUGGUAAAAUUUGGCUCAAAAUUUGGAUGUGAUGUUGAACACGACGCUGAACGUCUUAUACGGUUGGCACAAGACCUCGGUGUAGAUCUUGUCGGUGUGAGCUUCCACGUAGGUUUCGGAUGUAAAGAUUUCGAUGCAUUCUACAACGCAAUUAAACUGACACGCACCGUAUUCAAUUUAGCGAAAGUCCACGGAUACAAUCUCAAUAUACUAGAUAUUGGGGGAGGAUUCCCAGGUACUAAUGAUAGGUAUUUCAGAAAGCUUGCAGUUACAAUAAAUCAAGCGCUUGAUGAGUAUUUUUCCGAUGUGUCAAUUCAAGUGAUUGCAGAACCGGGAACUUUUUUUGUAAAUUCCUCAUUUACGUUAGCCUGUAAUAUUAUAUCUAGAAAAUUCAAUUCGAAUAAUAAGUGGGUUUAUUACAUAAACGAUGGAAUAUUCGGCAGCUUCAACAGAGAUUACUGCUUUAAUGUGCCAAUUACAAUGUAUCCUUUAAAGAACUACCGCAGUAAAAAUGUGUACUCCAGUAUUAUCUUUGGUGUAACCUGUGCAACCCCCGAUAGGUUGACAAACGAUGUCACGAUACCUAACUUGGAAAUUGGCGAUUGGUUAGUUUUUCCAAAUAUGGGAGCGUAUUGCUUAAGUUUGUGCACAUCCUUCAAUGGUUUUUCUAUACCACACAUUUUUUAUAUUGUUAAUGACGACACCCUGGCGGUCGGGCGUUUUUCUCAGGAUUUUCCCUUCAAACGAGCAAGUGUUAGUCUAGAUGAGUCCCUAAACCAUUUCAAUUUGAGGAAACGGUUUAGCACAAUUUUUUGCAUUGAUAAGGAUUAAUUAAAUGUAUUGUUAAUAUUAUCAAACAGUAAAUUAUAGGUAAUUUAAUAAAUGCAAGAUUUUAUAUUU